AUGGCUGGUGUCGUUGUUGGUGGAGCUUUUCUUUCUGGCUUCAUUAACGUUGUUUUUGACAGGUUCCUUACAACUGAUGCUGUCAACUUGGUGUUGGGCAAGAAGCUUGGUCCUGACUUGGUUGAAAGGCUGAAGAUUGCUCUCUUGGGUGCUGAAGCUCUUGUUGCUGAUGCUGAGAUGAAGCAGUUCGGUAAUCCAUCUGUGAGGAAGUGGCUCGAUAGUCUCCGGGAUGCUGUUUACUGUGCCGAGGACUUGCUCGACACUGUCCUCACCAAAGCCACCACUCAAAAGAUGGUAAGUUCUUCCUGGUCCAUUAGCUUCUUCGUCAAUCGAGACAGGGAUGACAUGGUAGACAAGUUGGAAGGAGUGGUCAGAAGAAUAGAGGAUCUUGGAAAACAAAAAGAUUUCCUUGGCCUUGAAAAGAUUCCCACUGGUAGCUCUUCAUGGAGGACUCCGUCUAGUUCUCUUGUAAGAGGGAAUGUGUAUGGCAGGGAGGAUGACAAGAAGGCCUUAAUCAAGAUGCUGAAUGACAACAAUGAGCAUCAGUUGUCCGUGAUCGCUAUUGUUGGCAUAGGUGGGGUUGGUAAAACAACAUUAGCCCAAUCGGUAUACAACAAUGAGGAGGAGUUCAUGAAGGGAUUUGAUCUAAAAGCAUGGAUUUGUGUUUCAGAAAAUUUUGAUAUUGCUGAGACUACAAAGAAUGUUAUAAAGGAGAUCUCUCCAGAUACUCAAGAUUUUGAGCAUUUCAAUUCACUUCACCAUGCUUUGAAAGAGAAAUUGUCGAAUAAGAAGUUCUUUAUUGUUCUCGAUGAUGUUUGGAGUGAUGAUGGUGACAAAUGGAGUAGUUUUAUGACCCCUUUUCAACAAAAUGGGAACAAGGGAAGUAUUGUUCUUCUGACUACUCGGGAGGAAAAUGUUGCUUCAGCAGUUCAGAAUUGUCGCCCUUAUUUUCUCAGAAAGUUGUCAGAAGAUUAUUGUUGGUCAGUGUUUUCAGAUAAUGCAUCAUUUCCACAAUCAAAUGGGAGUGCAGCACUUGAGGAAAUAGGUAAAAAGAUUGUCAAGAAGUGUGAUGGCUUGCCAUUAGCUGCUGAAACACUUGGACGCUUGUUACGUACAAAGCAUGAUGUUAAGGAUGUUGGGUUUUUGGGCUCCCUUUCUAUGUGGAGAAAAAGCCCAAAUGCUAGUAUCCAAGCCCAUGAUUAG